AUGGCUUCAUUAUCUCGUUUCCUGUCCAAGUUAGCCUACAAGGCGUUGCCGCUUUUCCAAUGCCUAAAGAAGAACGAUCGAUUCGCCUGGACAAACGAGUGCGAGGAAGCCUUCACAGAACUCAAGAAAUCGCUAGCAUCGCCGCCGAUCCUGACAAAAACCGCGGUUGAAUCUUCCCAUAUUGAUUUACAUAUCGGCAUCCGAUUGAGCAGUCAGUGCAGUGCUGGUCCAAGAGCAAGAAGGCACCCAAGUUCCGGUAUACUUCGUGAGUCGGGUCCUACAAGGCACCAAAAUAAGGUAUCAGAAGAUCGAGAAAUUGGCUCUUGCAAUACUGGUUACAGCGCGGAAGUUAAGACACUAUUUCCAGAGUUAUGA